CCACGUCGUCAGAUAUCACAAAAAAACAUGGCGUCUCAUUGCUUGACUGUUUUGAUUGUUUUCGCGCUAACUGUGGCUCCGUUUCUAUUUCUGUGUGUAGCGAACGUAACGUGCGCAGUGCUGUUUGUUAGUGUGUUAGUCUGUGUAUUAACGCUGUUUUUGUGGACUUUACGGCAGAGGGACGCUGGGACGGAGCGACGCGUGUGCGUCCUCGUGCUGGGGGACAUCGGCCGCAGUCCUCGCGUGCAGUAUCACUCAUUGGCUCUCAGCAGGAACGGAUACGACGUCACAUUUGUCGGCUUUUUCGACACUAAUCCUCAUCCAGAUGUAUUGAGAGAUGAGAAAAUAAAGAUAGUUCCUAUCGCAGAAGUGAUGGGCAUUCAAGUGGGAUCAAAAAUGAUCACGUAUGUGACAAAGGUGAUCAUUCAGUUUCUGCAACUUUUGUAUUUGCUGCUGAAGAUGGAGCGACAAACUCACAUUCUAAUGCAGAAUCCUCCUGGCUUGCCCGGCAUCGCAGUGGCCUGGCUCAUGUGCGUCCUGCGUGGAAGCAGGUUCAUCAUCGACUGGCACAACUAUGGUUACACCAUCAUGUCCCUGUCCCACGGGCCGCGACACCCUAUCGUACAGCUGGCAAAGUGGUACGAGCACAUCUUUGGCCGACUGGCUGCAAACAACUUGUGUGUCACCAAUGCGAUGAAGGAGGACUUGCAGAAAAACUGGGGCAUCAAGGCGACCACUUUGUACGACCGACCAGCUUCCAUAUUCAGAGAGACCCCGCUGAAGCAGCAGCAUCAGCUCUUCCUGAGACUGGCAGAGGCUUAUCCUCAGUUUCAGUACAGUGGGCCUGAGGGUCAGGAGGGCGAGGUGGAGAACACCAUCUUCUCAAGCUACGACCUCACCGGUGACCUGGUGACCCUCAGGGAGGGACGGCCAGUGCUGCUGCUCAGCAGCACCAGCUGGACAGAGGAUGAAGACUUCUCCGUCCUCCUGACGGCUCUUGAAGAGUACGAUGGCUUUGUUAAAGAAGGAGCCUCGUUACCGUCUCUGGUCUGUGUGAUCACAGGGAAAGGCCCUCAGAAGGAAUUCUACAGGAAGCUGAUCGACUCUCUGCACUUAGAACACGUGAAGAUCUGCACACCGUGGCUGGAGGCAAAGGACUAUCCCGUAUUGUUAGGUUCGGCUGAUUUGGGUGUUUGUCUCCACAAGUCGUCCAGCGGCCUGGAUCUGCCCAUGAAGGUGGUGGACAUGUUUGGCUGCUGCUUGCCCGUCUGUGCCAUCCACUUCAGCUGUUUACACGAGCUGGUGAAGCACGAGGAGAACGGGCUGAUCUUCAGAGACUCUAAGGAGCUGGUUCAGCAGCUCAAGACUCUCUUAUCGGACUUUCCGGGUUCAGACAGCAAACUGAGCGUCUUCAGGAGGAACCUCCGUGCCACCAGAGGGCAGUGUUGGGAUGAUAACUGGGACCAGCAUGUCCUGCCUUUGUUAACUGGUUUGUUGUGAUGGUUAGUUUUCCAUUCCAGUAAUCUUUUGUUGCUUCAUGGUACUUGAAUAUAUAUUU